AUGCUUCGGACUAGGGAUCAUCUCUUCUUCAUUUGCCCCUAUAGCCAAAAGGUUUGGUCUGCUUUUUUAACAGCUGUCAAUCUUCAACCUCCUGCUGACUUCUCCUCGCUGCUAAACUGGAUGAAUAUUGCCCUCAUCAUUAAGCUCGCGUUUCAAGCUUCCUUGUAUAGUAUUUGGAAAGAGCGGAACUCAAGGCUGCAUUUUGCUACUUCUCAUCUGCCAACUUCUAUUGUGGAAGAGAUCAAAAGAAUUUUUAGGGCUCGCCUACAUUCUUUGUCUCGUGUUCUCCCAAACACUCUUUCGAUAAUUUCUUACUUAACAACCUGGUUUUCAAUUUUUUAA